AUGCAAGCAGCACUGGCAUUCGAAAGGGUGUGGGUGAGGCUGCUUCCAAAUCCGCUGCAGCGGCAGCAGCUGCUGCAGCAGCAGCUGCAGGAGCAGCAGCGGCAGGAGUUGCAGCAGCAGCAGAAGCUGCAGCAGCAGCAGGAGCUGCAGCAGGAGCUGCAGCAGCAGCAGCAGGAAUGUGCCUACUCCCCCGAGCUGUACGCUGGGCAGCACUGCGUGUGCCUGAAGCGGCUCGCUGCUGCUGCUGCUGCUGCUGGCACAGCUGCUGCUGCUGCUGCUGCAUGCCCCUUCGGGUGCAGGUUUGUUGCUGCUGAAGCAGCAGCAACAGAGACCAAAGAAGACAUUGCUGCGCUGCUGCAGGAGCUGCUGCCUUCUGGAUUUCGGACAAAUUACAAAAUUUACAUCAGACAAAAAAGCAGCAGCAGCAGCAGCCGCAGCAGCAGCAGCAGCUCCAAUCACGGGAGGCCCCCUCAGGCUUUGGGAGCCCCUCAGGGGGCCCCUCAGGGGCCCCCUCAGGCUUUGGGGAAACCCCAGGGGGCCCCUCAGGGUUUAGGGACCUCUCAGGGUUUAGGGUUUGGGGGCCCUCAGGGUUUGGGGGCCCCUGAGGCCUUGGGGGCCCCCCCGGGGGCCCCUAUGGGGGCCCCUGGGGGGGCCCCUAGGGGGGCCCCUGUGGGGCGCCCCUGGUGUGGAGUUUGCGCGUGGGGGCCCCCUGUGCUGCUGCAGGAGGGUUUGCUGCUGCGUUGCUGCGGGCUGGAAGGAGACAGUUUGUUGGAUAUUGUCUCCUUUGGCUGGGACUUGAGCAGCAGCACGCAGCAGCUAAUUUGCUUCUUGAAAGCCCUCACAAAUCCCCGCGUGCUGCUGCUGCAGCAGCUGCCAGACUCCCAGGAUGCUGCUGCUGCUGUCGAUGACCUUCUCGGGCCCCUGCUGCAGCAGCGCCGAGCGGCAGAAGCUGCUGCUGCUGCUGCUGCAGCGGCUGCUGCAGCGCAGGCCGGCGAGGCAGGCGAGGGGGAAGCGGCGGAAGCAGCAGCAGAAGCAGCAGCAGCAGGAGCUGUUGCUGCUGCUGCUGCUGCUCCGGACAGUCAGACGAGACGCAAGGCCCUCCCGCGUUCUGCCGCAGCAGCAGCAACAGCAGGAGCAGCAGCAGCAGGUCGGCAGCAGCGCAGCAACAGGCGGAAGCAGCGAGGAACAAAGAAAGGAAGGGAACCCUCGCCCUCCUCUUGCUGCCGCAGCAGCUCAGCAGUAGCAGCAGCAGCAGGGGACCCCGCAGACUGCUGCUGGUUCUUCGGAACGGAGCAGCAGCAGCAGCAGCAGCGGGAGCUCGAGCAGCAAUGGUUGAUGCUGCAGCAACCGCUGCUGCCUUCGCCCAUAGCGCCCAAGCCCCAGUUGCUGCGGUUCUUGCGUCUGUACAGCGGGGGCCUUCCCCGCGGCGGCGCUGAGGUGUAUGGACACCUGCUGUGGCUGGAGGCGGAGACACUGGAGAGACACUGGCUUUGUGUUGCUGCUACAGAAAAGGGAUUCAUUGUUGCUUCCAAAAGACCAACGGGUGCAGCAGAAGCAGCAGCAGCAGAUGCUGCUGCCUACUACCCUUGCAUUCCUGUCAGCAAGGCUUUCCCGCUGCAGCAGCUGGUUGCGCCUGACGGCCGCUGCCUGCCUUUCUCUGCUACUGCUGCAGCAGCAGCAGCAGCAGGAGCAGCACCGACAGCAGCAACAGCAGCAGCAGCAAACGCCUUCGUCUUUGACACUCUUGCCGAUUUAUUUUGCGCCUAUUCUCCAGGCUUUGCUGAAAAGCUGCCAAGUUUGGCUGUCUCCUCGUCUUCUGUGGAUUUGCCGCUGCAUGCGCUACCCUCUUUGCUGCCAGAAGUGUCUCCUUUUGCUGCAACAGCAGCAGCAGCAGAAGCUGAUGGCGAGGCUUCAGAGGGGGCUGGAGAGGCUCUUGGGGGCGUGUCUCCCGCAUCAGCAGCAGAUGCAGAAGCAGAAGCAGCAGCGGAAGCAGCAGCAGCAGCAGCUGCUGCUGCUGCAGCUUUGGCAGGCGGCAGCUGCUGCAGCAGGCUGUGGGCAGCAGAAGCAGCAGCUCUAAUGAGGGGCCCCCAUCCUUCAGAUUUUGGUGAUCGGAUUGCUGCUGAAAAGGCAGCAGCAAAGUUGUCCACAGAGUUUCGGCAAGCAGCACUGGAAGGAGCCCUGGCGCUGCGGGAGGGGCGGCUUUCCCCUGUUAUGGUGCCUGCUGCUGCAAGUGCAGCAGCAGCAGCAGCAGGAGCAACAGCAGCAAGACCAACAGCAGCAACAGCUCGAGCGGUGUAUGUACGCAACAACAUUUUGUUUAUAGCUGACAGAGAGCCUGUGGAGCGCAGCAGCAAAGUUACAGUUUCCAGCCGCGUGGAGGCAGCAGCAGCAGCAGCAGCAGCAGAAUCAGCAACGGCUGCUGCUGCUGCCGCGGAUGCUGCUGCUGUUCGUGAGACGCUGCGUAAAGUUGCUGAGACAUGUGAAAUGGCUCGGCUUUGUGAGGAUGAAGGCGUGUCUGCCGCAGCAGCAGCAGCAGCUGCUGCUGCUGUUACAGCAGUUGCUGCUCCGGAAGCAGCAACAGCAGCAACAGCAGCAGCAGCAGCAGCAGCAUCAGGUCCCUCCUGGCCCCUGGCAGUCACCGUAGACUUUGCUGGCUGCCGCGUGCUGUGUAUGGCGCUGCCUGAGGAGGCCCCGCUGCUGUCUUGCUGCUGCAGAUCAGCAGCAGCAACAGCAGCAGCAAAUGCAGCAGCAACAGCAGCCAGCGGCAAACGAGAAGCAGCAGCAGAAGCAGCAGCGUCGCAGCAGCAGCAGCAAAGAGAAGACAGGUCAAAGAUAGACGCUGCUCUCGCUCGAAUACUGGGUGUCAGGCGAGGCACCCAUAGCAGCAGCAGCAGCAGCAGCAGCAGCAACGCCGCUGCUGCUGGCCGUCUGAUGCCUGUUGAUCUGAUGGCCUCCCCGUUCGGUCUUGGGGAGACACCUGCGGAGCUUGCUGCUGCUGCUGCUGCUGCUUGUGCCCGCCUGGGGGCCAAGGGCCGCGGUGAGGAGGCGAUUGCUGCUGCAGUUGCUGCUGCUGCUGCAGCCACUGACGAGCUAGCAGCAGCAGCAGCAGCAGCAGGCCUCACGAAGCACAAACCUCAUGCAACGUGCCCAGAUGUUAGGCCCGAGCUGCUGCGAGCCUUCUUAACCUUCCAUUCCAACCAGCAGCAGCAGCAGCAGCAGCAGCAGCAGGUAGACAAGGGCCAUUCCACAGAGGCUGGGGCCUUGGAGGCUGAGCUGCAGCAGAGGCUGGCUGAAGCCUUUAAAGAAUACCGCAGCAGCAGCAGCAGUCCGAGGCUGUGCGAGCAGCAGCGGCUGCUGUGGGGUCUCCCGCUGCUGCCAGGAGACCUUAAGGCUUUUCUGCAUCUCCAGGGUCUCCGCUGCAGGCACUUGGGCGCUGUUUACCGCGCUGUGCAGGUGCUGCUGCCCCCAGCAGCAGCAGCAGCAGCAGCAGCAGCAGCAAAGACAGCAGCAACGGGGGCGGCAGGGACAGGGGCGGCAGCGGCAGAGCCUGCGCCUGAAGCAGGAGCUCAAGACAAAGCGGCAGCAGCAACAGCAGCAGCAGUACCUGUAGAGGCAGUUGAGGGCGCAAGUGCUGUUGCUGCUGCUGCUGCACAAAUGCCUUUCCCGCUGCUGCUGCUGGAAAGAGACAUUUUGCUGCGCUGCAGCAAAUGGCUGCUGAACCGGCACCUCGGAAGCCUCACGUUGGGGCAAACUGCUGAGGGCCUCUCCCACCUGCUGAACUGUCUCUUUGCGCCGCUGCUGCCGCCCCCAGCAGCAGCAGCAGCAGAAGCAGCAGCAGCAGCAGCAGCAGCAGCAGCAGCAGCAGCAGCAACAGCAGGGGCGAGUGCACAGGAACAGGCGCUGCUGGCAGUGCUGAAGGAGACACCUCAGAGCCUCUGGGAAGGACUAAGAGCCCGCGCGUGGACUCAUUUUGGCCAUUUGCUGCCUCCCUCGAUUUGCUGCUGCUGCUGCUGCAGCACGGCAGCAGAUGCUGCCGUGCUGCUGCGCUGCCUCUGCCAGGCCUUGGGUGUGCAGCUCAACCAGCAAGUGCCGCUUAAGUUGCUGCGGGCCCACAGCAGCAGCAACAGCAGCAGCAGCAGCAGCCAGCAGCAGCGGCUGGAGAUCCCGAAGUGGAUGCGCGUGCUGCAGGGCAAAGAGCAGCAGCAGCAGCAGCAGCAACACAAGCAGCAGCAGCAGCACAAGCAGCAGCAGCAGCACAAGCAGCGGCAAAAGGGAACAACUGACACAGAAGAGACUGGGGCUUCAACGGAUACAAGAGAGACUGCCAGCGACUCCUCUCCAGUAUCGCAGCAGCAGCGGCAGCAGCAGCAGCAACAGCAGCAGCAGCAGCAGCAGCAUCACUGGCCUCUCCAGGCGUCAAUGAAGGGCAUCCCACCCACAACGGUGUCUUUGCCCUCUUCCCCCAGCAGCAGCAACAGCAGCAGCAACAGCAGCAGCAACACCAGCAGUAACAGCAGCAGCAGCUGUGGAUUAAUGAAGGCAGGGGAUGUGCUGCGGGUGUCUCCUUUGCUGCAGCAGCAGCAAAGCAGUCCCCCCAGCCAGACGAUCCGGGCGCUGAUUGCUGCUGCUUGCUGCUGCUGCUGCUGCUGCUCCGAGAAUGCUGCAGGGGCCCUCGACCUGCUGCAGCAAACCCUUUGCGUCUCUCACCAGCUUCCCGCCUCCGUAUUCGCUUUAGGAGGAGAUGAUUUAAAUGCAUGCAGCAAUUUGCAGAGAUCUUUGAUUCUUUGCGAGCGCAGCAGCAGCAGCACCAGCAGCAGCGGCGAGCAGCAGCUGCUGCUGCUGCUGCACGUGCAGCUCGCCUGCUGCUUCGCCCGCCUCCCCGGGCUGCUCUGCAUGCGCCGCAGCAUGGCCCACAUGCAAAGGGCUUUGCUGCUGCUGCUGUGGUGUGUGGGGCCCCGCCCGCACUGUUUGCUGCCGCUGCUGCUGCUUGCUGCAGCAAGGUGCGCGCUCGACCAGCUGCAGGUGCAGCAGCAGAUCCAGACGCAGCAGCAGCAGCAGCCGCAGGUGCAGCAGCAGCAGCAGAUGGAGCCCUGUGACUUGCAGCAGGCCGCUGCAAUCGCACGGCGCUGUGCCGCAGCAGCAGAGGCAGCGCUUGAAGAACUCCUGACGAGCAGCAGCAGCAGCAGCAGCAGCAUCAACAGCAACCUGUACCUAGUGGAAGUGUACACGCAACUGUCUACAGUGUGGGAAGGCACAGGCGACUGCAGCAGAGCCUUCAAGUGGGCGCGAGCAGCACGCAGUGUUGCUGCUGCAGCAGCAGCAGCAGACGCAGCAGCAGCAGACGCAGCAGCAGCAGAUGCAGCAGCAAUGGACGCAGCAACAGCAGGCGCUGCAGCGCUUCAGGAGGCGGAAGCUCGCCUGCUGCGUCUUACAAAGAUCGUGGUGCUUCAGGCGCAGCAGCAGCAGCAACAGCAGCAGCAGCAACAACAACAAAGGUCGCUGCUGCUAUCGCGACUACGCCAGGCAACCGAAAUGCUGCGGCCCUAG